AGUAAACCUGAUACAGAUAGUUACCUGCUGCUUUGACAGCACCGGACAAUCUUAACCUCUACUUACUUAUGAAAAUGGCAAAAAGUCUUUUGUCUUCAUCUCUGUCUACAAAGACAAAACUGCUACAGCAAACAGGAGUGUCAAUAUACUCUACUUCUAACGGCUUCAAUGAGGAGGAGGUGAAAAAGGUGCUUCAGCAAUUUCCAGGUGCCUCUGUUGACCUUCAGAAGAAAUACAAUGGCAUUGGUAUUCUUACUCUGAAUAACCCAAACAAAAUGAAUGCUUUCUCAGGUGCUAUGAUGCUACAACUUUUGGAAAGAGUUAUUGAAUUGGAAAAUUGGACAGAAGGGAAAGGUCUUAUAGUCCAUGGGGCAAACAAUAUGUUUUGUUCAGGAUCUGAUCUAAAUGCUGUUAAAGCACUAGCAACUCCAGAGAAAAAGAUAGAAGAGAGACAGAAAGAGAAUGGACGUGCCAGGACCUCUAGCCACUGCAAUGAACUCCAUAUGUAUGUGCCCCUUGUGCAUCUGGCUUAUGUGGGUCCUGGGGGAAUGGAACCUGAGUUCUUUGGCUUCGCAGGCAAAUGCCUUAACCACUAAGCCAUCUCUCUAGCCCCCAAGUACUGCUUUUGAAUUCAAUUGGUUUUGGCUAAUUGGGCAAGUUAUUUAAUCUUGUUUAUUUCCCUAAUCUAUAAGUGGAGAUUUCAAUAAAUAGUUAACAGAGCUACUGUGAAAAUUCAAAAUAGCAAUGACAAAGUGCCUUUUGGUACGUGUAUGAAAAAGUUAGCUACUUUAUUUCAAAGAUCUUUAGAUAUUAAUAAACCUCUUUAACAUAAUUCAUAAUUUCUUGCACCGCUACUAGACUGUAAUUUGCUGGAAUGGUUAGAGUACCAUUUUGGAAAUUUGAAGGUAUGGAUCAUUUCCCAAGCUCUACUAAUAACUAGCCA